ACGUUGACGACGACAGCCUUGUCGAUAACGAUGUUUCAUUGAUUCUUUCGACCGAAUCGACUCUAGGAUUGCACCUACAAGACUACAGACGACAUACAACCAAGGCGGCCGCCAUGCCUAGCCGAGUCUCGUCGCGCUCAGCGUCGACCACCGGUCGCAAGUCCUCCGCCCAGCCCUCCGCCUCGACUGGCCGCGCAGGCUCAGUGACUCCCUCUGUGCCGAUCGCGAAUAUUCCAGAAGAGCCUGCACUGCCGUCGACAUCACCUAAUCUGCGACGGGAUGUAUGUGCGAUUUUUGCCGACGCUCAAAGGUCGACUACGGGGCACCGCAAGCUGGCGGUGCGGCUGCGAAAACUGCAGGAGAACUGCUGCGGGAUCGUCGCACCGAAAAAGACCAAAGGCGACAAAAAUGGGACGGAAAGUCAGCAGCAAAGCACCGAGCUCCCUUACGAGGAGACCCUUCCGGAGAGGGAGUUCAACGUGGAGGUUGGCCGGUGUAUGCUGCGCAUUCUGCCCAUCAAGAAGACAGAGCCGGUCGGGGAUCGGAUUGUUCGCUUUCUAGGCUCUUUUUUGAGCCAUGCGUCGGAAAAGGACUCCGAAGUGUUUAUUGCGCUCCACGAGGACGGGGAUGAAGACGAAAAUAUGCACCCCUUUCCCGAGACGCCUACGGCACGCCUGACGACAACCAUUGUUUCGAUGAUUGUGCCCCUCUUGGUGGCCAAGGACAAGAUGGUGCGGUUUCGUGCGACCCAGAUUGUGGCUACCAUUGUCAACUCCCUGGACUCGAUUGACGAUGACUUGUAUCAUACUAUUCGCCAGGGUCUCCUCAAGCGGAUCCGAGACAAGGAGGCAUCGGUCAGAGUGCAGGCCGUGAUGGGCUUGGGCCGACUUGCGGGCAAUGAAGACGACGAGGAUGGCAUGGACAGCUCCACGGCUCUGCUGGAGAAACUGAUUGAUAUCAUGCAGAACGACACCAGCGCCGAGGUCCGCAAGUCCCUUCUGACGAAUCUACCCCUCAGCCCAACUACGCUUCCGUACCUUCUCGAGCGAGCUCGCGACCUGGAUGCGGCCACCCGGCGGGCCCUCUACUCACGCCUGUUACCUACACUCGGCGACUUCCGCCACCUAUCCCUCUCGAUGCGUGAGAAACUCCUGCGAUGGGGUCUGCGGGACCGAGACGACAGCGUCCGAAAAGCAACGGGCAAGCUGUUCUACGACCGGUGGAUCGAAGACUGCGCAGGGACCCAACAAGACCGAGCCGAGGGAGGGCCCGUCGGCCAGCGGGCACCCCCGAGCAUUUCCGCUCUGCUGGAACUGCUGGAGAGAAUAGACGCGGUCAGCUCGGGCCUGGAGGGAGGCGUCGCCCACGAGGCGAUGCGCAGUUUCUGGGAGGGUCGGCCGGACUACCGCGAGGCGGUGCUCUUUGACGAAAGCUACUGGGAGAGCCUCACGGCCGAAUCGACCUUCCUGCUCCGAUCCUUCAACGACUUCUGCCGGGUGGAGAACGAGGGCAAGUUCGACAAGCUGGCGGAUGAGAAGAUGCCGGAAGUGACGGCGUUUGCCCAUUUCCUCCAGAAAUACAUGACGGAGAUGCUUGAAAAGAAGAAAUUCUCCAAGGAGACCGGCGAGGCCAACGACGAAGACACCGUGGAGCAAGAGUUUAUCGUGGAACAGUUGCUGCAUGUCGCCAUCACGCUGGACUAUAGCGACGAGGUCGGCCGACGGAAGAUGUUCUCGCUGCUUCGGGAGUCGCUGGCUAUUCCCGACCUGCCGGAGGAAUGCACCAAGCUGACGGUGGAGACGCUGCGAUGCGUGUGCGGGCCCGACAUGGCGGCCGAGGGGGAGUUCUGCAGCGUCGUGCUCGAGGCGAUUGCCGAGGUCCACGAUACCAUCGUCACGGAAGAUAGCUUCGUCUCGGCACGCUCCGAAAUCAGCGACGACGCCUCCAGCCGGGCCCGAUCCGAAACGCCCGGCGAGACGGGCGAGGACGACGAGGUCCCCUUCAACAAGGAGGAGGCCAAGGCCAAGGUGCUCAAGGAGAUCAUGGUGAACAUGAAGUGUCUGCACAUGGCCAUGUGCAUGCUUCAGAACGUCGAGGGCAAUCUACAGCAAAACAUGAACCUGGUCACCAUGCUGAACAAUCUCGUCGUCCCGGCGGUUCGUAGCCACGAAGCCCCGAUCCGGGAGCGAGGACUGGUGUGUCUCGGUCUUUGCUGUCUGCUUGAUAAGUCCUUGGCGGAAGAGAAUAUGACCCUCUUCAUCCACUGCUACAGCAAGGGCCAUGACGCGCUGCAGGUGACUGCUCUGCAUAUUCUGUGCGACAUGGUCACGACGCACCCCACGCUGCUGGCGCCCGUGCUGCAAGCCGACGGGGAGAGCGUGUCACCGCCGGCUUUCCAGCGCCCGCUGCUCAAGUCGUUUGCGCGGGCACUGAAGUCGACCUCGCCGGAUAGCGUGCAGACGGCGGCGGCGACGGCGCUAGCGAAGCUGCUGCUCACCAACACCUUCUCGCCGAGCGGGGCGAACAUCCCGACUGCGAUCCAGGAACAUAACCAGGCGGCGGUGGAGACGUUGCUGCAGUCGCUGCUGGUGGCCUUCUUCCACCCGCGGACGCGGGAGAACCCGGCCUUCCGGCAAGCGCUGGCGUACUUUUUCCCCGUGUACUCGCACUCGCGCGUGGAGAACACGCAGCACAUGCGCCGGGUGGCGGUGCCGGUGGUGCGGGCGAUCCUCAACGCGGCGGAGGAGCACUACUCGCUGGAGGCGGAGGAGGACAGCGACGGGGAGAUUGACGAGAGCGUCGGGGAGCGCGAGCUGAAGGCGCUGAUGAGCGGCGUGUUGGGCAUGUUGGCCGAGUGGACGGACGAGCGGCGCGUGGUAGGCCUGGGCGGCGAGCGGGUGCUGGCGGGGGGCACUGCCUCAUCCAGUGCGUGCGGGUUCAUCCAUCUCGCCCUUGUCAAGGAUAUCCUGGAACGGGUGUUGGGCGUCACCCCGGCGUCGAACCGGUGUUCGAAGGAGGAGAAGAAGCUCCUGUUCGCACUACUGAGCAAGCUGUACAUCUCGCCUCCCGUGGCGGGAUCACGGGCGGGGUCUCGAGCGCCCGAGGGUCCCGACGACAACAAUAACAACAAUAACAAUCACUCGAGCUCGCUGCGGUCAAGUGUCCGCGGGGAACCCAUCUCGGCGGAGAACGCCCAGCUGGCGGCGGAAGUGAAGGAAUUACUGGACCAGACCAUCGAGGAGGGUGUUGCGGGCGAGGCGGCGAGUCGCAACGCGCUGGUCAAAGUGAAGAACGCGGUGCUGAAGCUACUGGCCGCCUCGACCUCGACCUCGACCUCCUCCCAGCUAGGGGGGAUGAGUCUCUCGUCGCGCACCCUGCCGCGGAUCAAGGAGGGCGACCACGACGAGGAAGAUGAGGGGGACUUUGACGAUAGUCGCAGCGUGCGCGCGGGCAGCGUGCGUCCGUCGGUGGAACAGCCCGGUCACUAUCGCGCCGGAGUGGCUGUUGAACCGAGUAUCAUGGAAGAGGACGAGGAGGAGCACAAUACCAGUGCUGGGACGGUGAUCAAGUCCGAGGAUGAAUGAUUUUUUUUUUUCUUUUUUCUUUU